AUGACCAAUCCGGUCCCUGAGAUACAGCUGCUCAGCGCUGCUGCCUUCCUUCUGGUUUACCUGGCCGCGUUUCUGGGGAACAUCUCCAUGGUGGCCGCCGUGACGAUGGACGCCCGCCUGCACACGCCCAUGUACUUCUUCCUCAAACACCUCUCCUUGGCCCCUGGUGUAUGGGGCAGCCAUGAGGCCCCGGACCUGCAUCUCCGUGGCAGCGGCCUGGGGCAGCGGGCUCCUCUUCUCUGCCUUCCCCUAACCAACACCUUCUCCCUGCUCUUCUGCGGCCCCAACGUGAUUGACCACUUCUGUGACAUUCCGCUACUCAUGAGCCUAGCCUGUGCCAACACAGGUGUCCACAACAUUGCGGGAUUUGCAGCCAGCGGUUGCGUCAUCAUCAGCUGCUUCAGCCUCACUGUCCUGUCCUAUGUGCGCAUCUUGGCCACGGUGGUUCAGAUCCGCUCAGCAGCCAGCCCCUGGAAGGCCUUCUCCAAGUGUUCCUCCCACCUGGCCACCGUCCUCCUGUUUUACGGUACUGGCAGCUCUGCCUACAUGCAGCCCACCGUGCGCUAUUCCCCGUGGCAAGGGCGCCUGGCUGCCGUCUUCUGCUGCAUCCUCAUGCCCACCCUAAAUCUGCUUAUCUACAGCCUGAGGAACAAGGACAUGAAGGGGUCCCUGCGGAAGCUGUAUCUUCAGGUGCCACCUUAG